AUGGUUCGUCUACGGCGGGGGUGCAACUGUCUAUGCAGUUUGGUGAGGAGGAGGCACCUUGCUGUGUUUUUAAUCAUUCUGGUUGGUGUCCUUGGCCAGAGUAGUCAAUUUUCUCUGAUUAACGUGGCUCAACAGCUUACCACCCUAAAUCUUACUACCCAUUUUAGCACCCUUAGCUUCGGUUCCCACUUUUCCCCCGGUAGCAUACUGAACCUCUUCAAUCUGUUCCUCCUUCUAAAUCUACUCAAUAUAAUCAAUAGAAUUGCGACUUCAAACCGCCGUGGGGAGGUAAAGAGUCGUCAUUACAAACUAGAACAAAAUUUUCACAAGAAUGGACAUUUACUACUCACAGAUGGAAGUGUAGAAGGGGGGGAAUCGAAAAAGGAGAGUUGCGGAACCACCUGGAUAUGUUCGUCAGAUGAGGCAACCCUGUGGAGGAACCCAUCCCAGAAGGGCUCAACACCGCAACUAACAUUUUUAGAAGAUUCAGAAGACUUCCAAGGGGGAACAUUCCAGGGGGGAAAUUUCCAACUCGGUGAAACAGUACACAGACGAAAAAGAAAAAGAAGGGAAAAAAAAAGAAAAAAAAAAAAAAAAAAGGAUAAAAAAAAGAAGAAGAAAAAGAAGAAGGAAAAAAAAAAAAAGAAAAAAAAAGACAAAAAGAGCAAAAAGAGCAAAAAGAGCAAAAAGAGCAAAAAGAGCAAAAAGAACAAAAAGAACAAAAAGAAAAAAAGUCGAAAGAAGGGCAAAAAAGGGAAAAAAAUGAAAAAACGACAAGAAAUGGAUGACCAUGGGGACGAAGAUGAAGAUAUAAUCGCGGAAAGACGUCCCAAGAAGAAAAAGGCAAAUAGAGACGACGAUGACGAUGAUGAUGACACACCCAAGGGAAACUACAAAUCGGACGACGUGGAAGACGCAGAGGACGAUGCUGCCGAAGAAUACGCGUUGAGAAAAAAGAAGAAAAGGGGAAAAAAGGGGAAGAAAAAAGGAAGGAGCAAAAAAGACCUAAAAAAAAGAGAAAAAAAGAGCUCACUAAAAGGAGCGAAAAAAAAAAAAGGACGAGGCGGAAAUACGGAUGACGUAGCGGAACGUGGACCCACUCCGAAAGGUAAAAAAAGAAAACGAUCAGCAGAAAGUGACGAUAAUAGCGACCAUGACGAAGACGAAGACAAUCAACCCAAAAGGAAAAAGAUGCGCAAAGACAUGGACGAUAAUUACAAAAAAAAAAACAAGUACAAAAAGUCGAUGAAAAACAAAAGUACAAAAAAAAAAAAAAAAAAAAAUUACCACGGUGACAACACGGAAGAUGAAAUAGAAGAAAAAAAACACGAAUUGGAGGAGCUAAACGAGGUGGUCAGUGAACUGUCCUCCAAAAAGAAUCUCCUCCAAAAUGCUGAAGAUCAAAUGGAAACCUUGUUAGAGACGAUUCACUCGCUCGAGACGAAGAAGUAG